AUCCUUUCCACGUCCGCCAUUUUGACAUACGGUACUUUUCGAGAGUGUUGGUUUUAUGUUUUAUCGUUUCUCGUGAAAAUAAUCUUUUUUACUGAAACGUAAGUAACGCAAGUGGGUUAUACGGGCAACGUGAGAUUGCGGGGGACUCUUGUUAAUCAAACGACGGUUUCUAAAUAAUGGAACUUUGAGCGGGUGAACCUUUGACGAUUCGCUGGGGAGUAGGUCGAAGGUGACAGAACAACCGGGUAUACGCAGUGGCUUCGCAAACCGCACAAUAUCUUCCGCCUUGCUCGCAAUACUUCGGUAUUGGCGUUUUAGGUAGCCGGUCACGUUUUAAAAGUGCAUAGAUCACCAGCGAAACGAUCUAGCGUGAUCCUUAACGGUGUUUAAAUAAUCAGCUUUAACCAUGGGGAAUAUGUUCGCAACGUUAUUCAAAGGCCUUUUUGGCAAAAAAGAAAUGAGGAUUUUAAUGGUAGGCCUUGAUGCAGCGGGUAAAACCACAAUUCUGUACAAAUUAAAAUUAGGGGAAAUUGUUACGACAAUUCCUACUAUAGGCUUCAAUGUAGAAACAGUUGAAUACAAGAAUAUCAGUUUUACUGUGUGGGACGUGGGUGGUCAAGACAAAAUUAGACCUCUCUGGCGACAUUACUUUCAAAAUACACAAGGACUGAUAUUUGUCGUUGACAGUAAUGAUAGGGAACGUAUCGGUGAAGCACGCGAAGAAUUGAUGAGAAUGUUAGCAGAAGAUGAACUUAGAGAUGCCGUACUUCUCAUCUUUGCUAACAAACAAGAUCUCCCAAAUGCAAUGAACGCAGCAGAGAUUACUGACAAGUUGGGGCUACACUCGCUUCGCAAUCGCAAUUGGUACAUUCAAGCAACGUGUGCCACGAGCGGAGACGGACUUUACGAGGGCCUCGACUGGCUCUCCAAUCAGCUCAAAAAUGCCAAUCGCUAAUUGGAACGACAUUCUAUCAACAUUCAGUUGCUAUAUUAACAUCAUAAAAAAACAGCUGCACACCUGUCCCCCCCAUGAAUGAGUAAUAAUAUAUAUAUAUAUAACAGAGGUAACACUAAGUGCAAACCGCAGGAUCAUUUUUGAUCCUCGAGUGGAGGGUGGAGAUUAUCGAAAGUUGUCAUUGUGCCAGCAAAGUUUUUCUCGGGGGGGAGGGGAGUGGGGAAAAAAGCCGGCCGGAAGCACACAUUCGAACGGCCACACAAGACUA